UGCUCUGAGAUCUCUGUCCGUUUGGUUUCCCCGAAAAUCAACCACAAGACACGGGGGAAGAAGGAGCUAUCUGAGCGCUCCGGGGACAACGACACUGUUAGGUCAGGCUUUUUACAGUAAAGGGGAGGGGACGACGCAAAGCAAAGCGACAUUUUACCCUCCGUUUUCAAACCACAAGCCUAACAGAGGAGAACAUUUCAACCAAAGAAACGCGGAUUUUGGUGAUGGAUGGAUAAGACGCAUAGCUGGACCGUGACUGUGUGGAUGUCCUGAGCAGCAGGUGUACCCAGGGAUCAACGGGAAUCUCAGUGUUCAUGAAACUUUGCUACGAUUUACGCGCUGGGGUUGCCGUCCGCCAUGUUAAGGUAAAGCCUGGCUGCGCGGUGUUGACCAUGCUAAAGCGCCUGGACAAGAUCCGCUUCCGAGGCCCCAGGACGAGAGAGGACUCCCCUGAUCUCGGCAAUUCGCCACCCGCCUCCGACAACGAAUGUAGCGACGACGUGCAGCUGAAGCCCAGAGCUAGGGACACGGAAGACCUGCUCAGAGACCCUGCUGGUUCGGGGUCUCCCAACAUGGCUGCCACCAUCCAGGACUUUCAGAGGGCUGAGUCAGACCGGCUCAAUGAAGUCAAGGGACACCUGGAAAUUGCCUUAUUGGAGAAACAUUUUCUACAGGAGGAGCUGAGGAAACUUCGAGAAGAGACCAAUGUGGACUCUAUACGACAAGAACUAGACAGGGAGCGAACCAAGAGGCUGGAUCUGGAGCAAAAGAUGAAUGAUCUGCUCAAAAACACGCUCGAGGACUCGCCGCCACAGAUCCCUCGAAAACAGCAGUCCUCCCCCAACAAUGCCACAGCAGAGAAACAGCAGAAAGAGGUGUGGAGCUCGCGGCUGCAGAAGUGGCUGUACGAGCGAUUUGGGGUUUACCUCGAAGGUUUCCAGUUCCAGCCAGAGGAGAGCACUGUGGAGGCAGAGGAGCCGCUAAGUGCUAAAAGGUUGACAGAAAACAUGAGACGACUAAAGCGAGGAGCCCGACCUGUCACCAUUUUUUUAAGGAAUCUUUCAGCCUUAUCCAACUGGCACUCUGUCUACACGUCUGCGAUUGCCUUUAUUAUCUACAUGUAUGCUGCUUGGCAUGGCUGGGCCAUUCCCAUGUUCCUCUUCCUGGCCAUUCUGCGUUUGUCUUUGAAUUACCUCAUUGCCAGAGGCUGGAGAAUCCAGUGGAGCAUUGUGCCUGAAGUCUCUGAACCACUGCAGGAGCCGCCAAAGGAAGACCUCACAGUGUCAGAGACGUUUAAGCUUGUAUUAGAUGUUGCACAAAAAGCACAGAAUCUAUUUGGUAAGAUGGCAGAUGUUUUGGAGAAAAUAAAGAACUUGUUCAUGUGGGUUCAGCCUGAGAGCACCAGGAAACUUUACAUUUGUUUGUGGAUCGUGUUCAUCACCUCCUGCCUCCUCCCGUACAAACUAAUGGGCUUCAUGAUGGGUCUGUAUGCUGGGAUUAAGUUCUUCAUCAUAGACUUCCUGUUUAAGAGCUGUCCAAAACUCAGGGACAAGUACGACACACCUUACAUCGUGUGGAACAGCCUCCCCACAGACCCCCAACUCAAACUCUCUGCUGUUGAAAAGAUUCAGCCGGUGGCUUCCAGAGGAAGCCUCGCCACUGUCCCCUGUGGUGUGAGCAGAGAGGAGGAGACAGGUCGGUACCACAGCACCAAGAAGGGCGCCUUUCAUGAGGUCUUCAGUGUGCCGGAGUCAGAGCGCCCUCUGCCAGUCUGUGAGAAUGGCUGGAGGUGCUGCCUGAUAAACAGAGACAGGAAGAUGCCCACAGACUACAUCCGGAAUGGCAUGCUCUAUGUCACAGAGAACUAUCUGUGCUUUGAAAGCUCCAGCUCAAGGUCAAAUGCGUCAAAGAAGAACAAAGUGAUCAAACUGGUCGAUAUCACCGACAUACAGAAGUAUAAAGUGCUGUCAGUGUUGCCAGGUAGUGGGAUGGGCAUCUCUAUAGCAACACCCUCCACACAAAAGCCAUUGGUGUUUGGUGCCAUGAUCCAUCGAGACGAGGCGUUUGAGGCCAUCUUCACUCAGUACAUGAAGAUAAUGACGACCAGUAAACCACCGUCCAGCACUGAACUCUAGGUUGAUGCCGUCAUAGAAACUGUGUAACUUCACUAUGAAAGGGUCCGUAGUGUGGGCCCAAAGCCUUUUAGAGGUUCAACUGCACUGGAAGAUACCUAUCAGAAGCUCCUCCCACUCUUCUGUCUGCCUCCAGCUCUGAUUGGCUGAUUUCCACUUGUGGGAGGAGCUACAGUAAAUGAUACACUGGUUAGAUAUUGGGUUUUCGGUACUGGAAAAGUCUCUUCUAUGGAGCGGAAGACUUUGAAAUUGUUUUAUCAUUGGGUAGAGUUUAAUGAGGAGGCUGGUACUCUUCUGAAUGACUGAAUAACUUUGCCCGCAGCUAUGCUAACCGCGUCUCUGUGUCUGCAUGUGUCGUGUGUGCGUCUAGUGGCUAUGCUUUUGUACUAUAUUGUCCUUCUGGGAGUAAGAAGAUGGAUAUAAUUAUAAUAGAGGCAGAAGAUGGGGCUGGACAAAAACAAAACAAAAAACAAAACAACUUUUUUCAUAUUGAUCAAUGUCUUUAUGUGAUUUAAAUGUCCUGCCAUAGUGAGAAAUAUCUGUCCAAAAAUCCAAAGGGCUUUAUAGGCUUGUUGAAAUAAUGUGAGUUUACAGAAGUUGUUUUCAUCUGGUGUAAGUACAUAGCCAGCAAUUACCACUGUCUUUGUUAUAUUUUUAGACACCAUUGUUUUAAAGAUUGAAGGAGAAUGUGGCACCACCAUAGACUUAGAUGAGCUGAAAUUGGGUUCAAACUGGCACAGUACGUACAAAUAAUAUAUUAACCCAUUUCAAAAUCAAGUCUAAACAAAGGCGUUUUUACAGAUAUAUUUAAUAAUAAUGCCAUGGCAGUAAUUAGACACUUAAUUUAAUUUACAAUUCCGCCAGCUCCAACAAAAAAUACGGAUAAAGUGUGUAACUAUCUGGUAAAUGAUUUUGGUGCCUUUGGGGUUUAACUGGUCCAUCCCUCAGACUGGACUUUGAACAUCUUUAAUGUUUUGUUUUUUCUCCAGAUCAAUCCCCCCCACUGUAAGAUUUUGUCCACCCUAUGUAACUUUUCUGAUAGGAGGGGAUUUUCCCGGAAUGUUCCACAGCCUAGUGGCUUGUCUUCAUAGGGAAGAUACGUUUAAUGCCAUACUGUGGAAUAUCUAGGCAAAAAAAUCAUCCAUUUCUCUUGAACAGUGCUACAUAAGGCUAGUGGCUCAUGAUCAUUAUGUCCCUGGAUUUCUUCUAUUCACAAAGUAAUUUAGUAAUGUUAGAGGUAUAUUGACAAUUUUAGAACUUCUACUGCCAUAUCCUGGACAGAGCAUUUCUUUUCAGCGCACAAUAUUCUCUGACUCUGCACUUUAACUGGAGUAAUGAACAUGAUUUCAGCUCAGAUGCGCUCUGUAGAAGAAUUAUAUAAGAGAGUAUAGGUCAGGUGGGGUGUGGGGGCUUUGAAAUCCCACCAUAGAGAAAAAAAACAAACAUAACUCUUAUGUGAUUUUUCUUAUUCUCUAUCCUCAAAUGGUUGUGAUUUAGUCUGCCUUUUCCAGAUCUCUCAUUGGAUCACUGCCACCAGAGAAUGCAAGGACCGUAUUGAGAAUUGUAUAUUUUGGUUUCAUUAGAACAACUGACUGAUGAAUGAUCUGAGUGAUCCCACCUUUUUAAACCAUGCCUUCAUCUGUGUCUGCAACAUUUUGUAUUAUUUUGCUUGUAGCAGAAUUUGAAGUACCAGUCCAUUUUCAAGAAUGAAGCUGGUCUUUGUUCCAGGAGAAUGUUCAUAUAUGUAGAGAAUUAUAUUGCCAAACAAUAUUGAUUAUAGAUGACUGGACGCAAAAGGCUAUAUUUUUUUCUUAAAUAGUUCCACUGUAUUAAAUUAAGCAGCACAAGUUUUAGCUCAUUAGCUAGUUUAAGUGAAAAACAGAGGUUGUCUUGACAUUUCUGUGCAAAAGUUUAAAAAAUUUGCUUCAGUGCAACAUUACCAAAGUCUAAACAGUGUACACUCAUUUUGACAUUUAAAUUGUUCCAGUUCAAAAUCCUUUCAUACAAUAUUAUAAUAUAUUACAAAAAACAGUUGGUCAGAAUUCAUUAUUCACACUUCAUUUUUGCACACAGAAAAUAUGUCAAGGCACUUCUUAUGUGUUACAACUGGAUAUGAAGUCACUAAACAUGUGACCGACCAUCUAAAUUAUUUUUUCACUAAUAUAAUUUAGAAUUAUUUUGGAAACGACAUAUUAUUCAUAGUGUUUUCCUUUGAUUAUGUGGAUUUUUGCUGUCUAAUUGCACAGUUAUAGUCUUAUUGCUUUUGCCUGAUGCCUUUUUUAAUCUCACAUUAGUUUUAAUAUGGAAACAGCUGGACGAAACACAGAUUUUGCCAAAUCUUGUAUUGUAUUGUUUCUUUUCACCACCAUUAUUUGCCUGUUUGUUCUUGUUUACACUGUAAAUUAUUUUGCAUUAUUGCUUUAAUUUUUAACCCAGUUUGAAUUCCUGUUGUGUUUGGAGUUAUGAAGACUGGAUUGCUAUAUUGUGGUAUGGACUGAACUGAUUGGCUCUUCACCUGUCAUAUGACCAUCUCUGUUUAAGUUUAACGUUUAAAGGCAUGGUUAUUUACAUGAGACAGCACUUUUUAAACCUAUUUGACAAGAGAGGAGAUAAAGAUUAAAAACUGCUUUCAAUUAAUAUAAAAAUUACCCAUCUAGAUAAUGCCACAGAAAAUAGUCAAAAUAGCCUACACCUAAAAUAUAUAAUAAAUCGGGUAAAUUGUUAUUCAAGACAAUGUCAAUGACAGAUUGAAAAGACUUAAUUCUUCUAUGCAGGAAUGGCAUUAAAACACUAGUGUAUUAUUAGCAUGUAGAAAUGCACAGUAGAUGUGCUUUUGACUUGGCAUGUUGUGAAUAGUUACAGGAAGAAAUGCCUUUUUAUUAUUUCAAUUACAAAGACAGUAUUCAUUCAUUUGGUGUUGACAUGGUUAUAGUUUCUAAUGCAGAGAUGGUCAUCCGUAAAACAUGAACCUCUGUCUCAUUGUUAAGCACAUUUGCUGUUUAGGCUGUUUAAAUUCUGUCACAUGUAUUAAAGCUGCACUAAAAUACUGCCAUACUGAGGAUUGAACUGACGUCCCUGAACCUUUUUUGGGACAAAAACUGUGUGUUGUGUUCAUGGUCCCUCCGUUGAAGUUGGCGUCUUUCUCUGUUGCUUUUUGUAAUAAAGCUGUUGUUCCUCUC